AUGUAUACUCCGCCAUAUUUGAAAAGGACAUGGCUGGUUGAGAUUUUCCAGCAGAAAACUUAAAACAAGCAAGGGGAGGCGACAAGAUCCCAACUCCCAAGAUCUACUUUAGAUAUAAAAAGAGACUUGUGUGAAGUUAUUCUGACAAACUUGAAUUAAUCAAGUUGAAGAAAAAUGGAGAUAGUUUAUGUAUAUACAAAGAAAAGAAAUGAGUUUGGUCGGCAGUGUAAUUUCUCAGAUCGUCAAGCAGAGCUGCAUGUUGAUAUCCCACCAGAUGAGAAACUUGCCGGUGACUACAUUGAGAGAAAUCCUUGCGACACCGGCAUUCAGUGCUCUCAGGAAAUGUCCGAACAUGAGUUAAACACAGAAAGAUUUGAGACAGAAAGCCGUGGGAUAAACCAUGUUGAAGGCGGCUGGCCAAAGGAUAUCAACCCUGCUGAGGUGGAACAAACCAUCCGAUUUCGAAAGAAAGUUGAGAAGGAUGAAAAUUACAUCAAUAUAAUCCAGCAACUGGGAUCAGUAAUGGAACAUUGUAUCCAGCAGAAUAAUGCAAUUGACAUUUAUGAAACAUAUUUUCAUGAUAUUGAAAGUGAUUCUUCAGGGGAACCACCAUCUGCAAAAACCAUCAAUGUGUUCAGAGAUCCAAAUGAAAUGAAGAGGACCGCGACCAGUUUAUCAUGGUACCCUGACGGUGCGAAAAAACUGGCAGUGUCCUACUCCAUUCUCGAGUUCCAAAAGUCUCAAUCAGACACUCCAAUGGACUCAUAUAUUUGGGAUAUUGAAAACCCAAACAAACCGGAGUUGGCCUUAAAACCUGUUUCACCCUUGGUUUGCCUGGAGUAUAAUCCUAAAGAUCCUCAUAUUUUGAUAGCUGGCUGCUACAAUGGACAAAUAGGUUUUUGGGAUACACGAAAAGGCUCCCAUCCAGUUGAGAUGACGCCGAUUGAGAAGAGCCAUCGAGAUCCUGUUUACAAAGGAAUAUUCUUGCAGUCAAAAACAGGCACGGAAUGCUUUACGACCAGCACAGAUGGCCAGGUUCUCUGGUGGGACAUUCGUAAGCUCGGAGAACCGACGGAAAGCCUGUUACUCGUACCAAACCCUAAAGAAAACCCUCGUCCCAUGGGUGGAAUGUCGCUGGAGUAUGAACCCACGAUGCCGACCAAGUUUAUGGUGGGAACAGAACAAGGCUCGGUGCUGCUUUGCAACAGGAAAGCCAAGUCGCCAAGUGACAAGAUUGUGUGUUCAUUUACUCAACAUUACGGUCCUGUUUAUGCUGUGCAAAGGAAUCCAUUCUUCCCGAAACAAUUUUUGAGCGUUGGUGAUUGGGCAGCCAGGAUUUGGUCCGAAGAUUUGCGGGACUCUUCCAUCAUGUGGACAAGAGAGAACAUGUCUUACAUGACAGACGGUUGUUGGAGCCCCGUGCGACCAGCUGUGUUCUUCACGACGAAGAUGAACGGUACUGUUGAUGUAUGGGAUUACCUCUUUAAACAAAAUGACCCAACACUCAGCAUACAGGUUUGUGACGAAGCUCUGAACUCUCUCCGUGUCCAAGAUCAGGGUCGUCUUGUGGCGUGUGGCUCGCACGCUGGUACAGUCACCCUGCUUGAACUCUCUAAUGGUCUUUGCAACAUUCAGAGAAAUGAGAAAUCGUCUGUGAACGCGAUGUUUGAACGUGAAACAAAACGGGAAAAAAUUUUGGAAACGAGACAUCGCGAAAUGAAGUUGAAAGAAAGAUCUAAAAGUCAACAAGAAAAAGAUGAUGCAGAGAAGCAGGAAGAGGAGAGCGAGGAAGAUCUCAUUCAAAAAGCUGAAGCCGACUUCUUUGCCGUUAUUGAAGCAGAGAUGAAGGUCCGUGAAGCCAAGGAGAAACAGCAGAUGGAGUCUCUGAAACAAAUGAACAAAACUUUGACUGGAGAUGGAAAUAAAGAGACCAGGAUUAACGAAGAAGAGCUUUUAGAAAAAGAUGAGGAGGAGGCAAGAGAAUCACCUCGGAUGUGAGCAGAUUCGUUUACAUGUAAAUAUACGUUUGAAUUGAAUGGCAAAACAAAUUUCACACAAUUAUGGUGCAAUAUUGUGAUACAUAUUUAACACCUCUUUUAAUAUAUAUUUGUAGAUGAGCAUGU